CUACAUUUUUUUUUUGAUUUGUUUUUUAUAAACCUUCGAAAUGAGUUCAAUCUUCAAUAGAUCAAUUGUGAUAUUAAAAGUUGCUUUUGAAUCUCAUUCGUGAUCUAAUAUUACAAUCUUAUUCAAUUCUACUUCGAGAAUCUCUUCCAUCAAGAUGACUUGUUAUGUAAGUGUCGUCGGAUAAAUGGCUUAAUCUGUUGUUAAGAAUUGCUCGCCUAUCCCUACGAAAUCUUUGUUCAUUUAAAUGUUUCCAAUAUGAAGAAAAAGAAACCAAACUUUUGAUAUGAUAUAUAUUAUAUCAUUUCAUGAGCUUUUUUAUGAAAUGGAAACUGAAAAAUAUGUUACUGUCAUUCCGGUUGAGUAUCCAAGGCCAUCUAGAUUAUAUCCGCAUCCACCUCAUCAAUACAGCGAUCACACGGAAGAUAUUCCUUCUGAUAGUGUAACCUGCUUCAGUCAGACUUCGAAUUAUGUGAAUGAACAUCAGAGUAUAGCAGUCAAGCAUCGCGAAUAUGUACCCAAUGAUCAGGAACCUAAUUGCCCUAAUGACUGCAAUGAAACUCGAUACGAAUUCCAAACAAAUUCUGAUAAACAACCGUUGUCGAUUUGCGUUUAUUUGAUGAAUAACAUUGUUCUACAUUUGGAAUUGGAAGAUGGAAAUAAUACUACAGUUACUGAAUUGAUUCAAUUCGUUAUUGAAUUGGAGGACUUGCUGUUACCCGAAAGUGCCAAAAAUGUGUUUACAAUAUGGAUGAGCUCGGGACUUCUCGAAGUACAACUUAAGCCACAUCACAAGCUUUUACUAGUCAGGUCGAAAUGGUCAACGUUGCUGUCACGAUUCGCGCAUGCUACUUUAUCUAGGCAGAUACGAGAUGAACCUAUUUUAUCGUUUCAAAGAAAUGUAUUUUAUUCUUUGAGCGAUGAAGAGAAAUUAAUGGAUGUCAAGGUACUGGAAUUAUUAUACGAAGAAGCAAAGUACAACAUUCUAGAGGGCAGGUACCCUUGUGAAAUAUCUCAGUAUAUAAUGUUGGGUGGAAUCCAAGCCAGACUGGAACUUGGCCCGUAUAAUCCGCAAGUUCAUACAAAUAGAUUUUUCAGGAGUCAGAAAAAUAAAUUUUUACCAGUUCACAUUAGACAUGAUGCUAUCAUGUCGUGGUUCCGUUCUCGAAUUAAAAAUAGUCCGGAAGUUCGACUUUUAGAACAUUAUAAAAGAAUACCCAAUAGUGCAUCCGAUCGUAAACUUCAACGGAGAUAUUUAGAAGUUUGUUGGUCACUGCCUUUUUAUGGGUGUGCUUUCUUCCAAGGACAAAUCGAAGAACCAGUUCGUGGACUGACAUCAUUGUUAAUGCACCAAGACAUGCCCGUGUUGGUUGGUAUUAAUGAACAUGGACUGUAUCUUAUUGAUAAUAUUCAAGCGAAAUUAUUACUUGGACUGAAGUACGAAGAUUUUUCUUGGGAAUUGGGAAAACCGCACAAAUCAAAUCCUGAUUGUUUACCAUGUAUUUUUAUACAAUUCGCUGUCAUUGAAAAUGGGGCCAGAGUUUCUAAAAUCAUGCAAAUUUUUUCCAAACAGUCUGACAUGGUCGAUGCGUUAAUUACCGCAUUUGUUGAUCAACGUAAAGAAAGGCUUCGUUCAAACCCUACCGACGAGAUGGAUGGUCCUCGUUCAGACGACGCUCAAAUGUGUAAAUUACCUAAUAAAUUAAGUAAAUUGACUUUAGCCACUUUUGACGACGAAGUUGUAGACAGCUUAAAAUUGCAUGUUUUAUUGCACUUUGAUGUAGGUGUAUUAUGAACAUAUGUAUUUGCUUUUUAUUUAUUUUUGAGGUAAGAAUUUGAAAGUGAUGCUUGUUGAAUUGCUCAUUUAUAAUGAACAUCAUGAUGAGAAUAUUUUUUUGAUGACAGGUCAUUGUAUCGGACAAACGGGAUCGUUGCAAUUUAUUAAUUGAUGUAAAACAACCGAUGUUAUUCUCUUCUGUUAGUUUUAAUAUGUUGUUUAAUUUAAUCUCUGCUUGAAACUGUUAUCGUCUAUGAACCAGAAAAUUCGACAAGUCGACUUCUAUGCAUAUGAAGUACCUACAUAAUUAGCAAUAGAACAACCCAUAUGUGUAACUUAAUCGAGUUUGAUACUUAUUUGAUGAAUUUCUUGCAUAAUACUCUUCACUAUCUAUUGUAAAUUUCAUGUAAAUGUGUUCAUAAUACGAUUUUAUUUUUCAUUUCAUUGUUUUUUUUUUUCAUGUACACGAAUAAACAUGACUUAUGUAUAAUGUUUAAACUAAGUGCAAUAUGUGCUUUAAAUAAGUCAACAUUCUUUGUCAUUUUGUUAUUAAAAUUCGUUUUUUUUUAAAUCCGCAUUCCCGUCGCAUUUUUUUAUGUACAGGUAGUGUUACGGUUCUCUUUAUUUUAAUUUUUUUUUUUUUUCGUUAAGAAGUACAAAUCUCAUAUCUUAAUAGCUUUAGCUUCGAUGUUCGAAGUGAAGGCAAUGUGUAAUAACUUUUGACAGCUUUAGUGAUGUCAGGUUUCUUUAUUCGUUUAUUGUAAGAGUGAUUUUUAUAAUAUACUUUUUAUUAAUGGUAUUAAACGCUGUUCAAUUUGUA